AUGACCACUCCAUCAGACAAUCUCAAUCUCAAGUUGUAUGCUUUCGAUUAUAUUUGCAAUUCCACUCACUCUCGCACAAAAAAUAUUUGUAAAAAGGGACUGGUACUUUGGGAGUGUUCAUUGCAGUUGAAGGGGUUUAGUCCUUACGGCAAUGUACAUUCAAUGACUUUUCAGGAAUGCCGAAGUAUUAAUCGAUCAAAUUUGAAAUAUCAUCGCCCUUUAUCUACAUUCCCUAGCAACAAACAGGCUACUAAACAAGUCGAAAAAAAGAGGACAGUUUUGGGAAUGGAUGUACACUCUCUGAGCAAAAGAAAUAACAUUAUUAAUCGUGCUACAUUCUUUGAAACUAGCUUAUUGAUAAGCGAAAUGAAAAUAUGGUCACUGAUAAUCACAAGGUCACUUGAAAACUGCAUUCUUGUAAUGGGCAAUCACGAAUAUUCCAAAAUCUUUAUUCAGAUAGUGCAUCAGACUCAAAUAAGUUUGCCAUCCCCUGAAAAAUUAUUCGACUGCGUCAUCACUCACAUUCCACAAAUGUGUACUUUAAACGUAAAUAUUUUCCGAAUUUCUAUCAUCUCAUGCACCGACUUAUUUGCAGGUUUAAUUUUUAAGGAGAGUUUUGCUAAAACUUGUGACAGCAAAUUGUAUAUCCCUUACCAAUUUUUUUUGGACCGUUAUUCAUAA